AGGUAUUACAUUGCAAGUUCCAGACAGAUUCGUCGGUUGGAUGGAGCAUCCCGCUCCCCUGUGAUCUCACACUUUAAUGAGACUCUGUUUGGUGUGUCUACAAUCCGAGCAUAUGGAUACCAGGACCAGUUCAUUAACCAGAACAAACAAGUAUUGAAUGAAAACCUGCUCUGCUACUAUAACAAUGUCAUUUCAAACAGAUGGCUGGCAGUGAGACUGGAGUUUGUUGGAAUCCUGAUGAUAUUCUUAGCUGCCAUAUUCAUGGUUUAUAAUAAAGACAGUAUGGAUUCUGGAACAGUGGGUUUAGCCAUGUCGUAUGCUUUAAAUAUCACUGCAACUUUGAAUUUCUGGGUUCGUAAAGCAUGUGAAAUAGAAACCAAUGCUGUGGCUAUUGAAAGAGUUUAUGAAUAUGCUGAAAUGGAGAAAGAGGCUCCUUGGGUCCUAUCCAAAAGACCACCUCAAAGAUGGCCUAGCCAAGGGAUUGUCGAAUUCAUUAACUAUGAAGCUCGAUACAAGAAGGACCUGGAGCCUGCUCUGAAAGACAUAACAUUCCAGACAGUCAGUCAGGAGAAGGUAAGGAUCUGGUUUGAAAUUGUGAUACAUUCCUUUAUGUAAAGGCAUAUAGGGUUCUGAUAGUUUAUAUGUUUCAUACAAACAGUAUAAGAUUUUUAUUAGUUCAUUUGUAUUCAUAGCAUUAAAAUAUGUUUGGGGAUUGUGAUGGAGAAUGUGUUCCUCUAUUACUAAUAUGGACAUUGAAUAAACAUAUCAUUAAUGUGGACAUUGAAUAAAUGGUUAUUGUAAAUGGGGGGAAAUAUAACACAUUUAUAUUUACCUGGGUUCCGGCAACGAUCUCCGGGCCCUGUGAAGAAUAUUGCCUGUAAAAGAAUAGUUAGUCGAUUAGGUUAAAAGGUCCUGAGCUGAAUAGAUGGUGUACACACCAACACUGAAGAUGUCGCCACAGCCUGGCAUCUGUAUUGUUUUAUAAAUGUAUAGAACUGUUUAUCUUAAAAUCUAAGGUAUGAUAUUGGUUGCUUCUAACAGCCAAGGAGAAUACUGUAAACUAUAAGAAAUUUUGAAUGUGAACAGGCAACAGAUUUUAGUUUCAUUAAUAAAAAUAGAUACUUUGGAAGAAAGAGACCGCAUCUGCUGUGCACAUGUAGACCAUGGGGUGGGAGUGGACUUUAACCCAAUGAAUUAACAUAAAAAUCAUUGUAUAGGUCUCACUGGCAUAAGAGUCACUCCCCCUUUUUGAGACUUCAGUUUUAGGAAAACACUUUUUCUGUGUUUUAAAAUACUU